GUGGGAAGGACGCAAAAAGCAGCAUCUAGGCGGCAGGCGGGGCUCCACUGCGCAUCUGGCCAGCAGUGGUCUCUGGGUCAGUGGCUGGGCAGCCACCCCAGAGACGCGUUUCUAGUGGGAAUUCAGUGGGGCCCAUUCACCGCCGAGCGGUGGUGGCCUGUAGCAUCAGCUGGUGAGGGCAGACGCCAGCCUAGCAACACCGCCUAAGCAACCAGAACUCCUCAGAAGGCCGGAGGGAUCUGGGAAGAAAAAGAAGCCCAGGAGGAGAAAAGGGCUCCAGGGAGUUCUGCUUCUCAGGGUUCCAUCAGGUACUGUUGGAGACCCGUCACGUGGUAGCAAGUACAAAAUUGGAAAUGGCUUCCCUAGAACAAAAGGGCCUUGUCCCCUUCACCAGAGAAUCUCUUGAACUUAUGAAACAGCAUCUUGCUAAAAAACACAGUGAGGAACAAAGAGAUUUAAAGCCAAACACUGACUUGGAAGUUGGAAAAGAGCUUCCAUUUGUUUAUGGGAAUCUCUCUCGAGGAAUGGUGUUGGAGCCCUUGGAAGAUGUGGAUCCAUACUAUAAGAAUAAAAAUACUUUCAUGGUAUUAAAUAAAAGUAGAACAAUCUUCAGAUUCAAUGCCACGUGGUGUACACUUUCUCCUUUCAAUUCAGCUAGAAGAACAACGAUUAAGAUUUUGGUGCAUCCCUUUUUUCGACUAUUCAUUUUAAUUAGCGUCCUGAUUGACUGCAUAUUUAUGUCCAUGACUGAGAUGCCAAAAUGGGGCCCAGCAAUACAGAAUAUUUUGCUUGGAAUUUACACAUUUGAAAUACUUGUAAAACUCAUUGCAAGAGGCAUCUGGGCAGAACCUUUUUAUUUCUUUGGUGAUCCAUGGAACUGGCUCGAUUUCAGUGUAACUUUGCUUGAGCACAUAACAAGAUACUUACUUCUUGGCUCAAAUACUAUAAUAUUUAGUAUUUCAAGAAAUUUGAGAAUUUUGAAAAUUAUUUCCCUAAACCAAGGUCUGAAGUCUUUCACAGGGAUCCUCAUCCACUGCUUGAAGAAACUUACUGGAGUCAUUUCCCUAACUCUGUUUUUUCUGACUGUAUUUUCUUUAAUUGGGAUGGGGCUCUUCAUGGGCAACCUGAAGCAUAAGUGUUUGCGAUGGCCCCAAGAAAACGAAACUGCAACCCUGCACAACAGAACUGAAAAUCCAUAUUAUAUGCGAGAAACAGAAAACUUUUACUAUUUGGAAGGAGAAAGAUAUGCUCUCCUUUGUGGCAACAGAACAGAUGCUGGUCAGUGUCCUGAAGGAUAUGUGUGUGUGAAAGCUGGCACAAAUCCUGAUUAUGGCUUCACAAAUUUUGACACUUUUGGCUGGGCCUUACUUGCCCUGUUUCGGUUAAUGACGCAGGAUUACCCUGAAGCACUUUAUCAUCAGAUCCUUUAUGCUUCUGGGAAGGUCUACAUGAUAUUUUUUGUUGUGAUAAGCUUUUGGUUUGCUUUUUACAUAGCAAGUUUGUUCUUUGGCAUACUUGCUAUGUCCUAUGAAGAAGAAAAGCAGAAAGCUGCUGAAAAAGCUAAGAAGAUUGAGCCAAAAUUUCAGCAGACUUCAAAAGAACUUCAAGAAGGAGACAAAGCAGUUGAGACCAAGACCACACAAAUAGAAAUGAAGAAAAGAUCACCAACAUCUACGAUCACUUCUUUGAAUAUGUUGGAUGAUGCUACUGCUGCUAUCAGACAUGAGGAAGAAUCUGAAAAAUCCAGGAAGAGAUGCCCGUUGUGUUGGCAUAGAUUUGCUAAAACUUUCUUGAUCUGGAAUUGUUCUCCCUGUUGGUUAAAAUUGAAAGACUUUAUCCAUAUGAUUAUAAUGGACCCAUUUACUGAUCUUGUCCUUACCAUAUGCAUAAUUCUAAACAUAUGUUUUUUGGCCUUGGAAUGUUAUCCGAUGAGUGAAGAAACCAACAAUGUUCUUAGCAUUGGAAACCUGAUUUUUAUUGGAAUUUUCACAGCAGAAAUGAUUUUGAAAAUCAUUGCAAUGCAUCCAUAUGGGUAUUUUCAAGUAGGUUGGAACAUUUUUGAUAGCCUGAUUGUGUUCCAUGGUUUAGCAGAACUUUAUCUAGCAAAUAUUCAUGGAAUGACUCUUUUUCGAACAUUCAGGGUGUUGAGAAUUUUCAAGUUGGCAAAAUACUGGCCAACGUUUAAGAUUCUGAUGCAGAUUCUUAAUAUCUCCUUGGUGGCCUUGAAAGACUUGGUCCUGCUGUUGUUCACAUUCACAUUCUUUUCUGCUGUGGUUGGCCUGAAGCUGUUUGGUAUGAGUUAUGAAGCAUGCGUCUGCAACAUAGACAAAGACUGUCGUCUCCCACGUUGGAACAUGCAUGACUUCUUCCACUCCUACCUGAAUGUGUUCCGGAUUCUUUGUGGAGAGUGGAUAGAGACUUUAUGGGAUUGCUUUAAGAUAGCUGGCCAAUUCGGUUGUAUUUCUUUUUACAUGAUGGUCAUUUUAAUUGGAAACUUAUUGAUAAUUUACCUGUUUCUGGCAUUGGUGAGCUCAUUUAGUUCCUACAACCCUGCAACUACUGAAGAGAACGACGAAGCAAAAAAUCUCCAGCGUGCAGUGGCGAAGAUUCAGAAAAGAAUAAACUUUGUGAUUUCUAAAAUAUUAUGCAAAAACCAAAAUGUUUCAAAGGAGACAAUGGACCAUGUAAAUGCUGUAUAUGUUAAAGAGAAUAUUUCUGACCAUACCCUUUCUGAAUUAAGCAACACUCAAGAGUUCCUCAAGGAUAAGGAAAAAAGCAGUAGCACAGAGAAAAACACAAUGACUCAAAACGAAAGUCAAUCACUUAUCCCCAGUCCUAGUGCCUCAGAAACUGUACCAAUUGCUUCAGGAGAAUCUGAUAUAGAAAAUCUGGAUAAUAAGGAGGUUCAAAGCAAGUCAGGUGAUGGGAACAGCAAAGAGAAGGUAAAGCAAUCUAGCUCAUCGGAAUGCAGUACAGUUGACAUUGCCAUCUCUGAAGAAGAAGAAAUGGUUUAUGAACGCGAGAAGCCAAAGCAUCUGAAAAACGGUUAUAGAAGAAGAUCUUCACCUGGCCAACUUAGUAGAGCAUCCAAGAAAGGAAGAAUUUGGCAGAACAUAAGGAAAACCUGCUGCAAGAUAGUGGAAAACAGUUGUUUUAAGUGUUUCAUUGGCCUUGUCACACUGCUCAGCACAGGUGCUCUGGCUUUUGAGGAUAUCUAUAUUGACCAGAGAAAAACUAUUAAAAUCUUAUUAGAAUAUGCUGACAUGAUCUUCACUUACAUCUUCAUUCUGGAAGUGCUUCUAAAGUGGAUGGCAUAUGGUUUUAAAGCCUAUUUCACUAAUGGCUGGUACAAGCUAGACUUCAUGGUUGUUCUGGUGUUUUGUCUGAGCUUAGUAGGCAAAUCUCGGGAGGAAUUCAAACCACUUACUUCCAUUAAAUUCCUUCGGGCACUCAGAGUUCUAUCUCAGUUUGAAAGAAUGAAGGUGGUUGUGAGAGCUUUGAUAACAACAACUUUACCUGCUUUGAAUGUGUUUCUGGUCUGCCUUUUGAUCUGGCUGGCUUUUAGCAUCAUGGGAGUACACUUAUUUGCUGGCAAGUUCUAUGAAUGCAUUGACCCAAAAAGUGGAGAAAGGUUUCCUAUAUCUGAAGUCCUGAAUAAGAGUCAGUGUGAAAGCCUUGUGUUUAAUGAAUCCAUGCCAUGGGAGAAUGCAAAACUGAACUUUGAUAAUGUUGGAAAUGGUUUCCUUUCACUGCUUCAAGUGGCAACGUUUAAUGGAUGGAUCGCUAUUAUGAAUUCAGCAGUUGAUUCUAUUGGUGUAAAUAGGCAACCUAAUUUUGAAGAGAACAUCUACAUGUAUUGUUACUUUAUCAACUUCAUUAUUAUUGGAUUAUUUCUUCCUUUGAGUAUGCUGAUUGGUGUUAUUAUUGCUAAUUUCAACACGCAUAAAAUAAAGCAGGGAGACUCAAAUAUCUUUAUAACAGUCAAACAGAAGAAACAAUCCCGUGCACUGAGAAGGCUGUUGUGUGAGGAGUCUCAAAAAACAAUCCGGCGCCCAGGAAAUAAAUUCCAAGGAUUCGUCUUUGACUUGGUAACAAGUGAAGUUUUUAAUGCCAUCAUUAUGGCUCUUAUCUGUUUUCAAGCAAUAACUAUUAUGAUACAAAGUGAUGAACAGAGUCAAAAUAUGGACAUUGCUCUCUGUUGGAUUAACUUAGUUCUUAUUAUACUAUACACUGGAGAAUGUGUACUGAAGCUCAUUGCUUUCCACUGUAACUAUUUCACCAUUGGAUGGAACAUUUUUGAUUUUAUGGUGGUCAUUUUCUCUGUUAUAGAACUAGUUCUGCCUAUAACGGUAGGAUACUACCUUGUGUCUCCUUCCAUUAUGGAACUGAUACGACUCUCACGGAUUAUCCACAUCCUGCGUCCUGGGAAAGGACCAAAGGUAUUCCAUGAUCUGCUGCUCCCUUUGAUGCUGUCUCUACCAGCAUUGUUGAACAUCAGUCUUCUCAUCUUCCUGGUCAUGUUUGUCUAUGCCAUCUUUGGAAUGUACAAUUUUGCUUAUGUUAAAAAAGAAGCUGGAAUUAAUGAUGUGUCCAACUUUGAGACUUUUGGCAGCAGUAUGCUCUGUCUUUUCCAAGUUACAAUAUUUGCUGGCUGGGAUGGGAUGCUCAAUGCAAUUUUCAACAGUAAAUGGUCUGACUGUGAUCCUGAUAAAAUUAACCCUGGGACUCAGGUUAGGGGAGAUUGUGGCAACCCCUUUGUUGGGAUUAUUUAUUUUGUCAGUUACAUCCUCAUAUCAUGGCUGAUCAUAGUAAACAUGUACAUUGUUGUUGUCAUGGAAUUUUUAAAUAUUGUUUCUAAAAAAAAAGCCAAGACAUUAAGUGAAGAUGAUUUUAGGAAAUUCUUUCAGGUAUGGAAGCGGUUUGAUCCUGAUAGGACCCAAUAUAUAGACUCUAGCAGGCUUUCAGACUUUGCAGCUGCCCUUGACCCUCCUCUUUUUAUGGCAAAACCAAACAAGGGACAGCUCAUUGCCAUGGAUCUUCCCAUGGCUGCUGGGGACAGAAUUCAUUGCCUUGACAUCUUACUUGCUUUAACAAAGCAAGUUAUGGGUAAAGAUGUGAGGAUGGAGAAAAUGAUUUCAGAGAUGGAAUCAGGGUUUGUGUUAGCCAACCCUUUUAAGAUCACAUAUGAGCCAAUUACUACUACUUUGAAACGAAAACAAGAGGCAGUCUCAGCAACCAUAAUUCAACGUGCUUAUAAAAGUUACCGCUUGAGGCAAAAUGACAAAAAUACAUCAGAUAUUCAUAUGAUAGAUGAUGACAAGGAAGUUCAAGCUACCACAGAAAGAGCCUAUUUUGACAAAGCUGAGGAAAAGUCAACUAUUCAAAGCCAAAUCUAAUCCCACUUACCACAUUUUAAUCUUCUUCAUGU